UCAACUUUUUAGUUUCCAAAAAGAAGAGGGUUUAAAAAAUCUACGGGAAUUUCACACUAAAUUCAUACUACUAACUUCCCUUGAGACCCCUUAAAAAGCUUUCUCAACGCAAGUACCUAACCUUCAACCAUUUCCCACAACCUGCAGAACAUAUUAAAUUGCCGAGUAAGCAUGUUACUCAGCACCUGCCAGCCUGGUAUGCUUACUUUAAAGCCUUUGCAUCUUCUGCUCGGUUUUUGUUUCAACAAGGAAGAAAACCAUUUGAUAAGGAGAAGUAGAUGAUGAUUCGCCUUUAAAUUUUGCCUCGUUUAAAUCGUGUUGUUGUGUAUUCUUUAAUGGCUUCAUCAAGUUCUGGCAAUGUCCCUUCACGCUCAGGCAUCAAAUGGAGACCCGGGAGUUGGAAGAUCAAGCAAGGAUAAGGGCGACCUCCUCCAGUCUAGCAUCGACAAGGACGACCUUCUUCGGUCAAACAUCAUCAGGAAUAACCUCUUCCAAUCCAGCGUUCCAAGGCGAGAGGUUAUACAGGUGCUUGUUGGAGCUCUAGGAGAUGAGUCUGCAAUGGUCAGAAAAGCUGCAAUGAAUGCAUUGCAGGAAAAUGCCCCCUUUAAUUCAAUAGCCAUCCUUGAUUGCUGUACUGCAGUGUUUCGAGUUGGUGGAAGAAAGUUUAUGGAAUUACAGCGUUUUGGUCAGGGUGGAAGUCAUAUUACAGGUGUUUUCCAAAUCAUGGCAUUCACUGUUCGUGUAAUGAAUGAAGAAGAAAUUGACAUGGCUCUUAUGACUAAAUUAGUGAAGGUUGCUUCAUCGGAGAUGACCGUUUCUAAGGAUUUGGAUACUGAUUGGCAACGGGCUGCAUCUAGUUUACUUGUUGCAAUUGGCACACGCCUACCUGACUUGAUGAUCGAAGAAGUGUUUCUUCAUCUAGCAGGCAGUGCUAUUGCUAUUUCGGCCAUGGUACAAACACUUGCAGAAUUUGCAUCUGCAGAAGCUUUGAAAUUUACCCCACAUUUGAAGGAUGUUCUUUCACGAGUUUUGCCUGUACUUGGAAAUAUAAAGGAUGCUCAGCGCUCGAUUUUUGCAAAUGCAAUCAAAUGCUGGUGUCAGGCGGCUUGGCAAUACCGAUUAGAUGUUCCUUCAGCUCCUGAAUUUGACCACGAUGUUCUGGCUUUUCUACAUUCUGCAUUUGAUUUGUUACUAAGGGUUUGGGCCAAUUCUCGUGAGCUUAAGGUGCGAUUAUCAACGAUUGAAGCAUUGGGAAAUAUGGUGGGUCUUAUUAAUAGGGCACAGUUAAAAGCAGCAUUACCGAGAUUUCUGCCGGCAAUAUUAGGAUUGUAUAAGAAAGUGGAGAAUGCAUAUGUAGUUACCUGCAGCCUACAUAGUCUUCUUGAGGCCAGUCUUAUGUCUGAUAGUGGGCCACCACUGCUGGAUUUUGAGGAACUCAUUGUUGUUGUGAAUUCUCUUCUUCCUCUGGCCUCUACUAAUGGUAAUAACACAAAUUGCUCUGAAUUUGGAUGGGCAUUAAAGAAUUACAAUGAGAUACUACGCUGCUUUCUUACUAUUGGGAUGCUGUACCAUGAUGAUAUUUUCGAUUUCCUUAUGAGUAAAAUAAAUUCUAAAGAAGAUCUUUUUAAGCUCGGGGCACUUUGUGUUCUGAAGCAUCUAUUACCUAGGUUGUCUGAAGCUUGGUAUGAAAGGAGACUAGUUCUCAUUGAAGCUGUAAAAUCAUUGUUGGAUGAGCAGGACCUGAGUGUUCGGAAGUCUCUUGCAGAGGCGUCAAAUGGAGAUCUCAUCAAGAAAAAUCAAGCCGGAUCAAGGACGGUCUUCGCCAGGACGGUCUUCGCCAGGACGAUCAAGCCAGGACAAGGGCGACCUCUUCCAAAUCCAGCAUUCCAAGGCAAGUUAAUUGUGGUGAUGGCCUCUCACUGCUAUGUGGAAGGUACUUGUGGGGAGUUGUUUGUGGAGUUCCUUGUGCUACAGUGUGCCAUUGCUGAAGAAGAAGUUACACAGUACAGAAACCAGCAUGAGGCAUUUGAGUCAACAAUGGGUCUUCAUAUCUUUCAUGCUACAAAAACUGAGUUGAGAAUGGGAGCUGUAUCUCCAGCUGAAUUAAGGACUGUCUCUGAGAAGGGAUUACUUUUACUUACGAUAACUAUACCUGAAAUGGAGGUAAUCCUUUGGCCAUUUUUGUUGAAGAUGAUUAUUCCUUCAAACUACACUGCAGCUGUUGCUACGAUUUGCAGAUGCAUUUCAGAGUUAGCAAGACACCGAACUGCUUAUGGAAAUCCAUUGCUAAAUGAAAUAAAAUCACAUACAGAUUUGCCAACUGCUGAGGAGGUUUUUGCUCGCUUGGUUGUGUUAUUGCACAACCCAUUGGCAAGAGACCAACUUGCUGCUCGCAUCUUAACGGUAUUAUAUUAUUUGGCACCACUUUUCCCAAAAAAUGUUAUCUUAUUUUGGGAGGAUGAGAUUCCAAAGAUGAAGGCUUAUAUCACUGAUACUGAAGAUUCAAAGGGGAUAGAUGAUUCCAAGGACGAAACAUUACAGCAGGAAACAUGGGAUGACAUGAUAAUUAAUUUCUUUUCAGAAUCUCUUGAUGUAAUCCGAGAUCCGAAGUGGACUUCCUCUCUGGGAAAUUCUCUUUGUAGGCAGUAUGUACUAUACAAUGGCGAUGAUGAACAUUCAGCAUUGCUACAUAGAUGCCUAGGAAUGCUACUACAAAAGGUUGACAACAGGGCAUAUGUUCGUGAGAAGCUAGAUUGGAUGUACAGAAAGGCAAAUAUAGCAGAUAAGACAAAUAGGAUCGGACUUGCAAAGGGCGUGGGGCUGGUUGCUGCAACACAUUUAGAUACAGUUUUGGAAAAGCUCAAAAACAUUUUGGAUAUUGAAGCUCGUAGUAUAUUUCAAAGAUUUUUUUCCCUGUUCAUGGAUAGUAGCAACAAACCAGAUCUUGAUGAUAUACAUGCUGCACUAGCAUUAAUGUAUGGCUAUACAGCCAGUUAUGCACCAUCAACUGUGAUUGAAGCAAGAAUUGAUGCGCUUGUGGGAACAAACAUGCUUUCAAGACUUCUUCAUGUGCGGAAGGCAGAAGCAAAGCAAGCAGUCAUCACUGCAAUUGACUUAUUAGGGCGUGCUGUUAUCAAGGCUGCUGAAAGUGGGGCUUCUUUUCCACUAAAAAGGAGAGACCAAAUGUUAGACUAUACUCUAACAUUAAUGGCUGGAGAUGGUUCUGAGAAUCUGACAGAUUCUAAUCUUGAACUUCUUCAUACACAGACUCUUGCUCUGAAUACAUGCACUACUCUAGUUUCUGUAGAGCCAAAGCUGAUAUUUGAAACGAGGAAUCAUAUUCUCAAGGCAACACUUGGAUUUUUCACCCUGCCAAAUGAUCCUCCUGAUGUGGUUGAUCCUCUUAUUAACAAUCUUAUUACUUUGCUUUGUGCGAUACUACUUACAAGUGGGGAAGAUGGAAAGAGCAGAGCUGAUCAGCUACAACACAUACUAAAGAGCAUCGAUCAAUAUGUUUCCUCCCCUAUAGAUCACCAAAGGAAACGAGGUUGUGUCACUGUUCACAAACUGUUGAUGAAGUUCCGUUGUCUCUGUUCAAGUGGACACUGUGGUUUUGGUUGCCUUGGCACCUGUAUACAUGUUCGCCAUUCAACAGAUAUAGUUGGCCAGAGAAUUCCUUCUGCAGCAUUUUUUCUGCCUAGCCGAGAAUCCCUGAAUCUAGGAGAAAGAGUUAUGGCGUAUCUUCCACGUUGUGCAGAUGCAAACUCUGAAAUACAAAAAAUUUCAGCCAAGAUUCUUGAUCUCCUUUUCAUUAUUUCAUUAUCACUUCCAAGGCCAGUUGGUUCCACAGUUGAUGAAGACAGGGAAAUAUCAUACAUUGCUUUGACAGCCCUCGAAGAUGUCAUUUCCAUUUAUAACCGUGAUGCAAUGAUUGACCAGUCCGAUGCCUUUCAUCGAAUUGUAUCUUCAGUUUGUAUUUUACUGACAAAAGAAGAGCUUGUAGCAGCACUUCAUGGAUGUGUUGCCGCAAUUUGUGAUAAGGUCAAACAAUCAGCUGAAGGAACUGUUGAAGCAAUUAUAGAAUUCAUUCUUAAAAGAGGCAGGGAGUUGAAUGAAACAGAUGUUUCCAGGAUAACACAGUCAUUACUUUCAGCAACAGUAGCUAUUACUGACAAGCAUCUGCGCCAUGAAGUUCUUAAUGCAACCUGUUGCCUUGCUGAGCAUACAUCAGCAAAGAUUGUCUUCAGUGAACUGCUUUCUGCAGCAGAGAGGGAUGUUAUGACAAAGGAUAUCACAAGGUUAAGAGGUGGUUGGCCUAUACAGGACGCAUUUUAUGCAUUUUCCCAGCAUGAUGUCCUUUCAAUGAUGUUCCUGGACCACAUAAUCGAUGUUCUUAAUCAAGUUCCUUACUAUAAAGAAGAUAUAGAGAAGAUAGAGUAUACAGACCAGAUCACAAUGCCAUCAGUUGUCAGUGGAAUGCCUCAAGCAGCUACUCUUGCACUUUCAACUCUAUUCAGAAGUGGUGGCAGGAUCAGUAAAAAAUCAGUCGAACGAAGGUAUGCUGCUGUAUUUUGUGCGUUAGCACUGCAUUUUGGAAGUUGUCAUGGACUGGCAAUCAUUGGUGUGUAUCAGCCUCUAAGAACAUUGUUACAUACUUUUCAAGCAUUCUGUGAGUGUAUAGGUGACCAAGAAAUGGGGAAGGUUUUGGCUAAAGAUGGAGAACAUCUACUAGGAAGUGAAAAAUGGACAGAAACUAUUGGUGUAUUAUCAAAGUGCGUGGCUACAAAAAGACCAAAGGAGGUGGAAAUCAUAUGCAAACUUCUGUGGCAAUCUAUGAAUCGAAGUCAGAGGUUUCAAAAUGAAGCAGCAGCUGCAGUCUUGACAGAAUAUGUCCGUAGCAGUGAGAUACCUGAUUCUUUAUUGGAUCAACUUGUUGGAGUUUUAAGUUCAUAUAUAGGCAAUGAAUCUCCAACAGUUAGGCGCCUUUGUGUGAGCGGUCUGGUGAAGAUUCCCAGUUCAGUGAUGAUUCAGUAUAGUUCACAAGUUCUUAGUGUCAUAGUUGCCUUAUUAGAGGACCCUGGUGAAGAAGUUGCUUAUGCUGCAGUGCAAGGAUUGAUCUCAGUUCUGGAAUUGGCACAUGAAGAUGCAGUAGCUCCAGUUUUGCUUAACUUGUGUGUACGACUGCGCUCUCUUCAAGUACGCCUCAACUCAAACAUGAGGUGUGCUUCAUUUUCAGCGAUGGGGGCAUUAAGCAAGUUUGGAGUUGGUGCACAACGUGAAGCUUUUUUAGAACAGGUCCAUUCUAGUCUACCACGCUUGAUUUUCCAUGUACAGGAUGAGGAAACUAUAGUUCGUCAAGCAUGCAAGAACACAUUGCGACAAAUAUUGCCUUUGUUGGAUAUCGAGAAUAUGAUAUCAUUGGUCAACAGCAGAGCUUUUAAUUCAGACCACAGGAGUGAUUAUGAGGACAUUGUGAGAGAUUUCACCAAGAACCUUUGUGAACAUUUUACUGACAGAACAGAUACCUACAUGGCGUCUGCCAUCCAGGCAUUUGAAACUACCUGGCCUAUUAUUCAGGCAAAUGCAGCAUAUUUUGCUGGGUGCAUGCUGUCUCAACUAAGUGAUCGACGCUUAUUGCCUCCAUAUCUCACACAGGUGGUUGGUAUAUUGGUUGUGAAGUCUGCACGAUCUCCUGAUGCAGUAGUUCGAGCAACAGCAGCAUCUGCUCUAAGUUUGCUUUUGGAAAACAUCCAUUAGUUUAGAUGGUUUUGAUCCAUAUUCUUUUCUACGAUCCAUGUAAAAUUAGUAUUUUUGUGUAUGUUGUACAGACGAUUUGAGAUUCAGUGAAAAGUUAAAAUGCUCAAUCAGGAAUAAAUUUGUAUUGGCAAAUGCCUUCAAAUUUUGGAACAAAAUUUUAAAGAUUGUUUUAACAUCUUUAUUUAUUAAAUUGUAUCUCAUUUGUUCAUAUUCA